UCUUUUCAUAAAUAUGGCUGAAAUUGCGGCUAUACACAACAUUGCACGUGUAUAUCUAGAGAUUCCAUCGUCUCUCUCUUGCUUGUGCCAAUUUCAUCCAUUCCCAUAGAUAUGUUGUUUACUAUGUAAUUGCAAAAUUGGUGAUUAAGCUGUCCAGCUUCUGCUCUUGAGAGUUGGGUACGUCAUUGUUGUCACAAUCUUUGCAUUUCACCUUGAUGUCUGGAGAUAAUAAAAGGGCCCCUGCAACACAUACAAUACAAAAUAGCAAACGUCCAUGUCUGUCUGCUACAAAUGCUGAAAUAAAAUUCAGGCGGCGUAAAAGAUAUAACGAAAUUUCUCCAACUAAAAAGGAGGAAUUAUUAUUGCAAAGGCGCACCAGAGAACUCGAUUCAAGGAGGCGUCUUGCACAAAUUUGUGCACCAAAUUAUUCUACGACAUCAACAUCUUCUGCAUCUAAUUCAACAUUUCAGCAAAACAGACUUCUUAUAAUAAGAGAUGUCUGCGUUACGGCAACACAAGCUACUACAUCUGAAGUUAAUAUAUCACCUGACACUUCUGCUAAAGGGAAAAGUUUACUUCAGCCAUUCUGCAUCUUCGAGACAGUGAAGUACUUUGCUAGCUUGAGAAGCUCUUUAGCUCCUGGAGUUGAUGCCUGGGCAAUCUCUCUGAAACAGAUGAUAAGCAUUGUAGUGUUAAUGGAUAAAAAGAGAUGGCAUUACAAAGCUUGUUGUACUGCCUUUAUAUCCUCAAUAUUCUAUCUCUACAGCUAGAUCGACUGUCCGUGCCCUUCAAAAUGUUUCCAACAUUCUAAUCAACGCAUCGGAGAGCAAACUCCAUGCACAAGAUUUGGAAUUUCAACAAAUUGCCCUUGGCCAAUGUUGAACAUGAAAGAUGGUUUUUUAGGUUUGUCUCUUCCUCCAUAAAUAGAAUAAUUGACAUCUGGAAGCUGUUUUGUAGCUCCUUUGUUUUCUUUUAUUAUACAAUAUUGGGACUUGGGGAGAUACAAGAAGGUAAUGUUUGGCGUGUAUCUAAGAAAUACGAAACUUGUUAUUCAAAAUUUCAGUUUUAUUUCCAGUUUCUUGAGCAUCAUUUCCUGUUAUUCAACUCUAAUGAAAAAGAAUUUGACUUAUUUUAGUUGUAUUUAGGCUUCUGUUUGUAAGUACUACAACCAGAAUACUACUAAAAGUGGUUGUGACUAAUGAUGUCCACGACGAUGAUUUUUGCUCACGGCUCACUGAUGUUCUUCUUGACUAAUCUUCUUGAUACCAAAAGACAACUCUACCCUUUAUGGUGCAAUUGCGAAUCUUGCUAAGCGUUAUCAAAACCUAAGAGUCUUAAACCUUUGUGGGUGUAUGAAAGCUGCAACUGAUAAGGCAUUGAAGAUAUAUGUCUUGACCUCUCAAAUGACCUAUAGAAGUACUAAACCGUUGCUUCGUCUGACUAAAAUAACUCUUAUUACUCCUUGCAGGCUAUUGCUUAUUACUGUAACCGAAUGCACACUGCAUGUAAAUCUAGGUUGGUGUGAUAAAGUUGGUGAUGAAGGGGUAAUGAGUUUGGCCUAUGGUGUCCUGAUCUCAGAGCCCUGGUUGUCUCCUUAUAACAGGAUACGUUAACAAGAGUGGAAACAUCAGUGAGCAGCAAAAACUGCAGGUCAGGUGUGACAAAAGACCAAGGACACUGCACAGGCAAUACAAAGCAAAGCGCGGGAAGGGAAACAAAUUAAUUAGCUUGAAUUUUAGUUGCUUUCUUUGAAGUCUUUUGUAAGUGUAACUUCGUCUCAAAAUUUCACAUUGCCUUUAUCAAUACAAUUAGCGAUACAUUCAAGUUUCA